AUGGUGUGGGCGUCGACUGUACGUAUUCCUCAGCCAGUGGGCGUGGUCGCCCUGUCGUCGGAUGUGGGUUGCAGUAAAAAAGGUGCAAGAUGUUCCAUUUAUGGAAAUGAGAAGGUCUACCUUGGAGUACGUGUCAAAAUGCCAGUAAAGGAUCUGCUGAGAAACAUCCGUCUAGCUCAAGGGUGGGAACCUCAGGAUUUUCAGGAGACCUGCAGCAAAACAUUCAAAGGAGACAAGAAACGAGUCAAAACUCGCACAGGACGCCGAACUACCAAGAGAAAACACCCAACAAAAAGCCUGGAGGAGCUGGCAAUCAUUGUUGAGGUGCUGGAGGAGGAUCUUAAGACUGGAAACACAUACUGCUCCCUUUCCCAAUGUCCCCCCUCCUCUGAACCUCCACUGUCCCCUGAGCUGUCUCCAACUGGGUACAACAGUGAUGAGUCGGAUGAAAUGAUCCCCAGCCCCAGUCCCAUCUCCUCCUGGCUUAUGCAUGGAGGCCUUCAGCCCUCCAGCACAAACAUGGAAAGAGAUAGUGAAAGAGGGGAGGAGUGGUUUGAUCCCCAGAACCACAACUGGAACCUGAACAGCUAUGCUUUCUUCUGGACCCAGCUGCAGAAAGAGGAGAACCAACUGAGAGACAUCUCCGAUGCAGUGCUGCUGGCCACUGACGGACAAGGCAGAGCUGGCAUGUGUUGGAAGAGGGCACUGGGUUACGCCAUUGCUAAAAGGAUGGCUGCACUCAACAGCCUGGACUUUAAAGACUCUGAUGGAAUGUAUGACUGUAAAGACUGCCCUCCUGCAUGCGGCGAAUCACAACCAUCACCUUAUGGUGCAGAUCUGAUCAGUCUGGGGGCCAACGUCAAUGAGACAAACAACUUAGGAAAGUCCUGCCUCCACCUGAGUGCUGAGAAAGGCUACAUCCGGGGUCCUGGAGGAAUGAGUGUCCUCCAAUGUGCCUCGGUGGCUCUGAAGGCCACAGUGUGUGAGCUGGAAAGCAGUAAAUCCCCUGAUCACACCAGACUCCACACGCUCCGCAAAGGACAGAUGAUGGAGACCCUGGAGUGUCUGCUGUACAUGGGCAGCUACCUUCAUACCAUGGGAAGCCAGAGCAUGCAACCUAGAACUGCUUGACCCUCUGGCACAUCUGCCCGGCAGGGCAUUUUGGAGACCCAACAGUAAUGUUCUCAGUUGAUUCAGACUUGAAUUUGUCUUGGAGAGUGGGGUUAGUGGGGUUCUUUUAUCUCCAAGAAUCAGUUCAGGCCUGUCAUGUAAAGCAUCUGACGUUUUGUGUGUGGUAAAAAUGCCUGACUUGCAAUCAGGUAUUUAUUGUGACCUGCACAAAAACGACAGGUGCCCAUUAGCUGGUUUCUGUGAAACUUCCAUUGUUUGUUACAUUGGAGUAACAAGUUGUCCUCAGGUUAGUGUGUCUGUGGAGAUCCAGGUGUAAAAGGAGAAUAUUUUAGAAA